AUGAGAACAAAAGAAGCCUCCAAUUCAGCAGAGUUGCUGACCUAUGCUCCUUUCACCCUCUUCCCCACUCCGGUGCCUAAAGCUGUGUUCCGGCAGGCUGUAGACGUACAGAUUCACUACAACAGUCUGGUUGACAAGAUCAGCCAAAGCAGCGACUUUCUAGAAGAGGCACUGGCCAGCACUAUAGAAGUGGACGAGUUCACCUCAAGAUUGUUCAAAAUCCACAAACAGAUCCUGGAGGAAGGCAGAUCUCAAUCAGUGGUGCUGGGUCUGAACCGCUCGGACUACAUGCUGGACCAGAGGGAUGAUGGCUCCUCUGCACUCAAACAGAUAGAAAUAAACACAAUUUCUGCCAGUUUUGGAGGUCUGUCUGCAGGUGUGGUGAAUGUACACAAACAUAUCCUAAAAGUAGCGGGGCGCAUGGAAGAUAGUAUGGCUAUUCUCGACAACAACCCCGGAGCUGGUCUGGCCAGAGCCAUCGCCAAGGCCAAGGAGCUGUACGGAUCAGAGAGAGCAGUCGUCCUGAUCCUUGUGUCUGACGAUGAACAAAAUAUUUAUGACCAAAGAUAUAUCGAGUUGGAACUGAUGAAGCUAAAUGUCCGGACAAUUCGACGAACAUUUGAAGAUGUGUGUGUACGAGGGUCUCUGGAUGAGGACAAGAGGCUUUUUGUAGAUGACAUGGAGGUUGCAGUGGUUUACUUUCGAAAUGGAUAUGUCCCGCAGCAGUACAAAUCCCAGCAGGACUGGGACACUCGGCUGAUGCUAGAGCGCUCCCAUGCCAUCAAGUGUCCAAACAUUGCCACUCAUCUCACCGGAACCAAGAAGGUCCAGCAGGUGUUGGCCCAGCCUGGAGUUCUGGAGCGGUUCUUUCCCACUGAGCUCCAUGUGGUGGAUCAGAUCAGAGCCACCUUCACCGGCCUCUACACUCUGGACAUGGGCCCUGAAGGAGACAAGACUGUUGCCAUGGCGAUCCAGGAUCCAGAGCGCUACGUACUGAAGCCUCAGAGAGAAGGAGGGGGGAACAACAUAUACGGAGCAGAGAUCUGUAAGGUGCUUCAGGAGGCAAAGGGCUCCGAGAGGACGGCCUACAUUCUGAUGGAUAUGAUCAAACCUACGUCUUCACACAACUACCUCCUACGACGGGACGGGCCCCUCACAGUCAGCAACUGUCUGAGUGAACUCGGAGUAUUCGGAGCGUAUGUCCGACAGGGGUCAACCAUGGUGAUGAAUGAGCAAGUAGGACAUCUGCUCAGAACCAAAAGUUCAGUCCACGCAGACGGAGGUGUGGCGGCCGGAGUCGCAGUUUUGGACAAUCCUCUUCUUUAUUGA